AUGGCGCCCAAGAGCGAUAAGACGGAUUGGGGCGACGAGCACAACGUGCUCACCGUCACGGUGCUGGGGUGCACGGGGGAUCUCGCCAAGAAGAAAACCUACCCUGCGCUUUUCGCCCUUUUUCUCCACGAGCACAUGCCCCCUCGGACGGUCGUGCUCGGGUACGCUCGCUCGCCGAUGACGGACGAGAGCCUCCGCGAUAAGAUCAGACCCGCGCUGAAGGGACCUAAGGACAAGGUCGAGACGUUCCUCGCGAGCUGCUUCUUCCAGCAGGGCGAGUACGGCUCCGACGACCCCGAGGAGAAUGCCGAGUCGGACCCGCCCGUGUUCGGGGCGCUCGGCGACCGCGUGGCGGCGCUGGAAGACUCGAGGGGCGGCGGGUUCCGCGUCACCGGUCAUCGCAUCUUCUACCUGGCGCUACCCCCGUCUGUUUACCCUCCCGUGUGCGCCAACAUCAAGCGCGCGUGCAUGAGCCCCACGGGAUGGACCCGCAUCGUCGUCGAGAAGCCAUUCGGCAAGGAUUUGCAAUCGUCAGAGGAGCUCAGCGCAGGAAUCUCCAAGCUCUUCACCGAGUCGCAGCUCUACAGGAUCGACCACUACCUCGGCAAAGAGCUCACGCAGAACCUCGUGGUCAUGAGGUUCGCCAACAGGUUCCUCGCGCCGCUGUGGAAUCGCGAUAACAUCGCCAACGUGCAGAUACUCUUCAAGGAACCGUUUGGCACGCAGGGCCGCGGCGGGUAUUUCGAUCAGUACGGCAUCAUACGCGACAUCAUACAGAAUCACCUGCUGCAGCUGCUGUGCCUCGUCGCCAUGGAGAAGCCGUGCUCGCUGUCGCCGGACGAUAUACGCGACGAGAAGCUCAAGGUGCUGCGAUGCAUAGAGCCCGUGAGCACCGAUAACGUGGCCCUGGGGCAGUACACAAACGGGCCGGGCGGCGAAGCCUACCUCGACGACGCCACCGUCCCCGCGGGGUCCAAGGCGCCCACCUUCGCGCUUUGCGUCCUUUACGUGGGCAACGAGCGGUGGGACGGCGUCCCUUUCAUCAUCAAGGCGGGUAAAGCGCUCAACGAGCACAAGUGCGAGAUCAGGGUUCAGCUGAAGGACGUUCCGGGCGACCUGUUUGCGGAGCAAAAGGUUCGGGGGCGGCAGGCGAGAAACGAGUUUGUCGUGAGGCUCCAACCCGAUCCCGCCAUAUACAUGAAAAUGACGGUCAAGGAACCCGGGCUGGGGAUGGAGCUGGCGCAGUCGGAGCUGGAGCUUCUGUACACGCAAAAGUACGAGUCGACUCCGAUACCCGAGGCGUACGAGCGCCUGAUACUCGACUGCAUCAACGGGGACCAGCAGCACUUUGUCAGGAGAGACGAGUUGGUGGCGGCGUGGAAGAUAUUCACGCCGCUGCUCAAGUACAUCGACGCGGGUGGGAUGAACCCGGAGCUGUACCCGUACGGGAGCCGGGGGCCGGUGAACGCGGACAAGCUGAGGGAGAAGACGGGGCACGUGUUGAACCUGACGGCGAAGGACAUCACCUGGGCCGUUGACGUUGAGGGUGACUGA